GGGACACGAUGCUGGUGGUGGAGAGCAAGGUGAGGAUAGACCCCAGGAGGAACGACGUCGAGGAGCCUCUCUCCGUCCCCGAGGGCUCCCCGACCCCUGCUCCAGACCCACACUUUGCACCGGAUUCCCCUCUGGAGGUGAUGGCUGCCGUCGGCGCCCCUGCUCUCAUCCCCUGCAAACCUCGGAGCCUGGGUUCCAAGUCGGUGUCGUGGAUUCGUAACCGGGAUUUACACGUGCUAACGGUGGGUUCAUUUACCUUCACGAACGACGAGCGGUUCUCUGCCCACCGCGACCCGAGCUCCGGGGACUGGAUCCUGGUUCUCAGGCGACCCCAGCCCUCAGACUCCGGCUUCUAUCAGUGCUCCAUCUCCACCAAGCCUGUCACGGCCAUCGCUGUUAAACUCAAUGUUGUGGUACCGUCGGUGGAGCUGGUAGGGGGAGGAGACGUGUACCUGGACCGAGGGAGCACCUUGAACCUCACCUGCAUGGUACACUUCAGUCCCACGCCUCCCGAGUUCAUCCUGUGGUACCACAGAGAUAAGCUGGUGAACUACGGUCAGCCUGGCCGAGCGAUUACGGUGGAGACGGAGCACAGGGGAGACACCACCAGGUCCUCACUACUCGUCCUCAACGCCUCCAGCUGGGACUCCGGCCAGUACGCCUGCAAGCCCUCCAACGCUGACAGGGUCUCCAUCAAGGUCCAUGUCCUUAGGAGUGAGACGCCGGCCGCCAUGCAGACGACGACAAGCGGCGCUCCAAGAGGCUUCAAAACCCACCUUUUAAUAUUUUGUUUAUUAUUCCCUCUCCUUGCCUCUCUCUCCUCUUCCUCUUUCCGCUCUCACAGAUAAGGCCGUAACACCGGGGGCUAGAGAGAGAGAGAGAGAGAGAGAGAGAGAGAGAGAGAGAGAGAGGGAGAGGGAGAGAGAGAGAGAGAGAGAGAGAGAGAGAGAGAGAGAGAGAGGGAGAGGGAGAGCGAAAGCUUUUGUUUUGGGGAUAUCGAGGAUCCCCCAUUCGAUCCCUCUAGGGAAAAGUAACCAAAAAUAUAUUGGAUGGGCUUACUCCCGUUUUCUGUGGCAGUGCUACGAGCCAGCCUCUCCUUCCUCCCUGUUGCUGGGGUGGAGCAGCGCUCCUCCUGACUACGUUACUGAAAUAAUAUACCACACCGACGGCAGGUUAUCCCACGUAAGCCUAAUUGGGCUCAGCGAAACGCAAACCCGUGAGAACAACGAUGUUGCUGUGUUUUGCUCUACGGAUGUAAUAAUGCUGCUUGAAGCAUUACCUUGACACGCUGCUACAUGUGGCUGUAUAUCUGCCACAAUGAACGACGGCUUCCGAUAUGCAACUAAACAAAACGUUGAACAAAUCCACAAGGGCCGUGACGAGGAUUCGAACCUGCGUCCGGGAACAUCCCAGACACUGUCUUAAUCGACUG